UUGAUCUUGUCGGAUAUGGAACAAACAAUGAAUGAAAUUGAAUCUCUUUCUCACUCUAAUUAUCAGAGUUGAAGAGGGUUGUGUUAGAUCAGAUUAGAUUAGAGAUCAGAGAUUAGAGAUUAGAAGAAUCAGAAUCCAUGGCUGGUGCUGCUGCUAUAGUAAAAUAUGGAAUCAUAGGAGUUGGAAUGAUGGGAAGGGAGCAUCUGUUGAAUUUGUACCAUCUUCGCAGCGAAGGUGUAGCUGUUGUCGCCAUUGCUGAUCCUCACCUUCCCUCACAACAACUUGCCCUCGACUUAGCACACUCCUUUAGUUGGCCUCUCAAGGUUUUCUCAGAUCACCAGGAGCUGUUGGACAGUGGAAUAUGUGAUGUUUUGGUGGUAUCCACUCCUAACAUGACCCAUUACAGCAUUCUUAUGGACAUAAUCAAUCAUUCCAAACCCCAUCACGUGCUGGUAGAGAAGCCAUUGUGCACCACAGUCUCUCACUGCAAAGAGGUUGUUCAUGCUGCUAGAAAGAGACCAGAUAUAUUGGUACAAGUUGGAUUGGAAUAUAGAUACAUGCCACCUGUUGCAAAAUUAAUAGAAAUAGUUAAGGGAGGAAGCCUUGGACGUGUCAGAAUGGUAGCAAUUCGGGAGCACCGGUUUCCUUUUUUGGUUAAGGUGAACAAUUGGAAUCGGUUCAAUAUUAACUCAGGAGGUACUCUGGUGGAGAAGUGUUGCCACUUCUUUGAUCUGAUGAGGCUGUUUGUUGGUGCAAAUCCUGUUCGUGUGAUGGCUUCUGGAGCUAUUGAUGUUAAUCACAAGGAUGAAAUAUAUGAUGGAAAGGUGCCAGAUAUCAUUGACAAUGCAUAUGUUAUAGUUGAAUUUGACAAUGGUUCUCGAGGAAUGCUUGACCUUUGUAUGUUUGCUGAAGGGAGUAAAAAUGAGCAAGAAAUAUCUGUUGUCGGUGAUGUUGGAAAGGGAGAAGCCUUUGUUCCUGAGAGUGUUGUGCGGUUCGGUACACGCGAGGCAGGGAGAGAUGGUGUCCAGACUUUGAAAGCUGAGGAUCACAGGAUUAAAUAUGAUGGGUUACACCAUGGUUCUAGCUAUCUGGAACACCUUAACUUCUUAUCUGCAAUUAGAGCUAAAGGUGAAAAGGCUCCUCCUGUAGAUCUCCAAGAUGGACUAAUAUCUGUUGCUAUAGGAGUUGCAGCACAGCUCUCAAUAGAAAGUGGCCGAUUUGUUACUAUUGAGGAAGUUAUGGAUGAGCUUAAAUUUUGAGGUUAUUCCAACUUGGAAGUAACUUAAAGUAUUUGUUAUCUUGCUUCGUCUUUGGUAUAGGGAUGCUGUGCCUACUAUCACUGCCUAAUGAAAAUGUAUUAUUAUAAUAAUUUGUGAAGUUUACAUUUCUUCCAUUUAAAUUUUAGUCCAUCGGUAACUUUAGCUCUUUUUUUUCCAAAAAAAAAAAAUGUUUUGUAAAGUGAAACAGUGAAAUGUCA